CGUAUCUCAAAUAUGGUGCAUCGUAUCGCGUGUGAUGGUGUGUGUAUGGUGAUGUAUGGCGUUUACGAGCGCGAGAACCAGUCGGGGACGACCUUGGUCCGGUGCUCGGGGGCCAUCUGCUCGAGCUCGUCAUCCGUGAGGGUGAACAGCUCGGGCAUCGCCGAAGAGUUGGGCAGCCGCGUGCCCUCCUGCCGCAACUCGUCGAAGAACUCGUGGGACAACGCCUGACGACACACACACACACACACACACGGGGGGAGUGGGUGCUGAUGUGGGGGGGUUGUGGGUGUGGCGAGGGCAGCGUACGUCGUAUGCCUUGAGGCGUUCGUUCGGCUCGUAUUUGAGCAGUUUGGCGAUCAGGUCCAGCCCCUCGGCAGGCACACCACUACCGAACACCUGCACCCACCACAUACCACACCACAUCACACCACGGGCACAUGUGUCGUGCACUAGUCCUUUCCAAUCACGCUCCCUCCCUCCCUCCCGCUCUCUCCCUCCCGCUCUGUGUGUGUGUGCGUACCUUCUGCCAGGGUCGGGGCUUCACGUCAGGGAAACGGAACUCAGUGUAGUUGGGGUUCAUGGCCUAACGGACAACACCACACCACAGCACAGCACAGCACUGUGUGUGGGGUGUCACGGUGACCGACAUGACAUGGACCUACACCACACCGACCUGCAUCUGCUCCCGAGUGGGGGUGCCCAUGGUCUGGAUGAUCUUGACGAGUUGGUCCACCGAGGUCUCGCCCGCGAACAGCGGACGGCCCAGCAACAUCUCACCCAACACACAGCCUGCAGUGCAGGACACACCAACCAACACACACAUGGAUGAGGGAUGGAUGGAUGGAAGGGUAAGUGAGUGUGGUGGUUUGUACCGAUGCUCCAGAUGUCUAUGGCGGUGGUGUACUCCGUGGCGCCCAGCAUGAGCUCCGGAGCACGGUAGUAACGCGAGCAGAUGUACGCAACCGACUGCUCACCUGCACACACACAAACCGUCAGUCAGGAGUGCCUUCCUGUGUGUGUGUGUCUGUGUGUGGGGUGGGGGGGUGUGAGAGUGUUAUGGUACCCGGGAUGAGCCGCUUCGCGGAUCCGAAGUCGCACAACUUCAACACGUGGCUGCGGGUGUCCACGAGCAAGUUCUGCGGCUUGAUGUCGCGGUGGCAAAUCCUGACACACACGUUCACACCACACACACACACACACAGAUGACAUGACAUGAGAGGCUGGCUGAUCGACGGCUGCCCGUCCGUCCGUCUGGUGGUGUGGUGUGGUGUGGUGUGGGGUAGGGUAGGUACCCCAGUGAGUGCAGGUAGCCCAGCGCCCGGCACAUCUGGUAAACGUAAACCUGCACCACACAAACCACACAGACCACACACACACACACAGGGAGAGACCGCCAUCACCAUAAUGCGCCCAUCUCUCCCCUCCCGGCCUCAAGUGCAUCAUCCAUCCAUCCCAUGCACACAUCACGUCCACCGCGAGAUACAUACACACAUACCUUGACCAGUAUCAUGGGAACGCGCGAGUUGUUGCGGACGUAGGAGCGCACCACGCGGUAGGCGGUCUCGGGGAUGAACUCCAUCACCACGUGCAGGAACUUCUCGCCCUCCCGCUCGCCAGGGGCCUCCGUGUAGUAGUAGUCCUUCAACUCAACCACGUUCGGGUGACGCAACACCUUCAACACGCCACACACACAACACACAACACACAAGGCCAUCCAUCCAUCCAUCCAUCCAUUCAUCCACGCAGGAGGGCAUCUGGCAGGCAUGUGUGUAUCUGUGUCAUGGUACCUUACCUUCAUGAUAUCGAGCUCUCGGUUUUUGUAUCGGGGGUCCUGCAACACCUUCUUGAUGGCCACCGUAUCGCCCGUGUCCAUGGCCGUCGCCUCAAUCACCACACCGAAACUCCCGUUGCCCAACAACUUACCUGCACACACACAUCCCACCACAUCCACAACAGACAGACAGAGAGAUGGAUAGCUCGAGAUAGCCCCUCCCUCUCUCCCACCAUCACUGACCCAUCUGGUACUCAGUACGAGGCCGGUUGCGGUCACGGCCGCUCGAGCCGCCCUCGCCACGGUUGGUGCGCCCGGAGGACCUAUUCGCCUUGCUGGCGUCGGCACCCUGGGCCUGCGACUGGACGGCCGUGUUGGGAGCCGGAUCAGACAUGGCGAGAAGCGAUGAGGGAAG